UGUAAAACGAAUCUGACUGUCAGUGUCAUUUAAAAAUGUCAAUGUCAUGUUUAUAUGAGAAAUAACUUGAAAAAUUCUAAAUAAUGCAACCAUUUUCGCACAUUUAACUAAGUAUAAUUUUAUACAAUUUAACAACAUAAUAAUCUAACUAUAAAUCUAGAGAAUUCUUUGCCCAUCCCCACUUCAGGAAACAAAUGUAAAAAGUUACAUAAGAGUAAAAUUUAACAAAUAUGUCGUCGAAGUAUAGGAUUCUAUGGAAUACCAUAUCAAGAAUUAAAUUUGAUAAGAGAUUUGUUCAGAAGUGUAUUAAUGUACAAUACCCUAAAGUAUUACCCAAACAAGCUGCAAUACCAUGUACUAUUGGGUUCUCUCUGUUCACUUGGCUAGGGUUUCAACCAAAACUUAGUGCUGAAGAUGAGCUUAUUCAAACUAUCAAACACUGUGUACUUUUUAUACAAAGAUUGCAAUAUGAUAAGGCUGAACAAUUACUUCACAUUGCAUUAAGGCAGGCCCAGCAGAUGAAUCACAAAAUGGGUGUAACAUACAUCUAUGAUGUCAUGGCUAACUUGGCAUUAGAAAGAGAACAACUAGACAAAGCCAAGCAGCUCUUUGUUGCAGUAACACAGAGAAUAAUGGCAGAUGGAGCUAAAGAAGAUGAUCCUAGAGUGGUACAUCUUAGUAUCAAACUGGCCAGAAUCAGCCAUUUGAAAAAAGAAUACUCAACAGCUCAACUGGGUUAUGAUUGGUGCUUAGAAAAGUUACAUAAAGCUAUGGGUACAAAUCCCAGUGAAGACACUAUUAAAAUGCUUGCAGUAGCUGAGGAUUGGUGUGGAAGGUUGUAUAUAGAUUGCAAUAGACUGGAGGAAGGCUUGAAAUUGAUGGUAAAUUCACUUGAUCAUAUGCAGUCAGUGGGUAAUGUGGGCCAGGAGCAUUUUGUGGUCCAGUUGAAUGAUAUUGGAACAGUUUGUGUCCAGUUAGGAAGGACAGAUGAAAGCAUUGCUUAUUUUAAACAAGCUAUAGAAAUAGGAAAGCAGUUACCGGAGAUGGAAGAAUUAGGCACAAUGUAUGUUAAUUUAGGGAGGGCUUACUUGAAGAAGCAACUGAUAGAGGAAGCUAGGAAGAGUUGCGGACACGGGUGGAAACUGGGGGUGCAGGCUAACAAUAAAGAAAUCAAAGAAGAGGCUGAGGAAUGUAUUAAAGAAGUAAGAAGUAUGAUGAGGUAGAAUUAUAUUAGGAGUUGUAGAAUCCUACAAUCAGUUAUAAAGAUACCUGACAUCAACUGUAUUUAUAAUAACAUUUGGUAGCUGUCAAAAUAACUUACAAUAAAAUGCAUUUAUACCCCACAGUUAAUUGGCAUAUGGGGCAGGUUCCUCGUGAAUUAUUAAAAUGGGAACCCUGUCACAUUGUUACAAACAUUCAAAUCAUGGUGGAAAAUAUAUACCCUAUAACUUACAAAGGUUUAAGUCUAACACCAUUGAACAUUACAUGUAUUCCAGUAUUGGUUGAAAAUCUUGAUCUAGGUGUGUCAUGGAUUCUGAAUAUCCUAUCUGCUAAAUGUUAUAAAGAAUAUAUCCCAAUAACAAAUUAUGAAUUUUGUAAACUAAAUAGUACACAUGUAUAUACCCCAAUAUUGUACAUACAUAACCUAUUCAUACAAUAUAUUUUUGUAAAUAAAUUAUUUAAAAUUAUGUAAAUAAAAGGCAUAAUUAUAAAGAGACAA